GUCCGGACAGUGCGCGGCGGCCGGACCGGGCUGGCGGGCUGUCGGGCGAAGCCGGGCCCGCAGAGCUGCUGCGGGGCGAUCAAGCCAGGCUACUGGCGGCGCCAUGGGCUCUCGUGUCCGUCCUGAGUUCCAGCCUCACUGAGCCGGUCACCCCCAAGAGCUUCCCGCUGAGGAAGCCUUCCCCCAGCGCUGACCAUGUCUAUUAUGGACCACAGCCCCACCACCGGUGUGGUCACAGUCAUUGUCAUCCUCAUUGCCAUCGCUGCCCUGGGGGCCUUGAUCCUGGGCUGCUGGUGCUACCUGCGGCUGCAGCGCAUCAGCCAGUCAGAGGAUGAGGAGAGCAUCGUGGGGGAUGGUGAGACCAAGGAGCCCUUCCUGCUGGUACAGUACUCGGCCAAGGGACCGUGUGUGGAGAGGAAGUCCAAGCUGACCCCCAACGGCCCAGAAGUGCACAGCUGAGCUGGGAUGCAGAGGCUCCUGGGCCUGUUUGCAGCCAACUGAGAGGCGUGGGAGGGGGAAACCACAGACAGGCUGCCGUUGAGAGGGGUUGACACUUGCUGGCAUGGCCUCGCUGGGCUUCAUCAUCGCAUGCACUGAGUCCUGGGGUCGCAGCUGUCCUAAGCCAGGACUUGGUGGCCCUGGGCAUCCCCUCCGCCUCCUGGUGGGGGCUGCCCAUUGCAGGCAGUGGGUAGACCUCACCUUGCUGGGGUUCAAGGCCCCAUAGCGCUUUUGUUACUUGAAUGUUUAGCUGAGCCUGUUCUUGAUGGAGCUACUACUGUAACGCGUGAACUCACAAACCUGUGAACUGUAAAUAGGCCCCAGAAGCACGUGCUUAAACCUUUUUUGCUGAUUUUUAAAAAAUAUCGGAUAAUGUACGUGGGACUGACUAUACUAAUAAGCUGAGUCAAGGCUGUGGGCAAGGGUCUUAGACAUGUGAGGCCCAAGUUGCACUUGGCAGGGGCCUCUAAUAUAUGUGUGUGUGUACAUAGAGGAUAUAUCAUGUCAGUUUUAAGUUUUGGGGCUGACCGGUUGGGGUGUUGUGAUUUCUGCUUGGUAGCAGUGGAUGGAAGAAACACACCACCGUCUCUCUCUAGAUGGGUUCAGUCAUUGAAUACUAACCAGUUCCUGUUGAUAGUGGAAUUAUUGCAAGGAAGCUACUGCAGCUGCUUGGGAGCUGGUGAGGGACGUCAGAGCACACGUCCUGAGGGCUGCCAGGCAUCCUAGUAGCAGAGCAGUUUCUUACCCCUUUGGUCUUGAGCAUGCUGAGCAUUCCCUCUUCCUGUCCCCACCCCCACUGGGCAUUACUUAGCGCAGGCUUCUCAGAGCACGCAGUGGCUUUUAUCUGAAAUCCAGUUGGCCCAGGAGAGAAAACUGGUUUUGUUGUAUUUAAUAUUUUCUGCACUGGAGGGGAGGUGUAGGGGACUUUGAGGUUUUCUCUACUUCUUCCCUUUUCACAGAUGGCUUCCUUUCUUAAAUUACCACCCACCCACUGGGUAUUGGAUUUUACUUUUCCUGAGAGGAUCACCUAGAAGAAGAGUCCCCUGACCCUACUAUGAGAGCAUCAAGUGCAGUGGAAGGCCAUUUCUUAUGUGCACGUAUAUACAGGGGUCCCUAGACGCACCCUGACCACCUGAGCUUAGUAGGCACUUGGGGGACCUUGCUGGGGAGAGAGUGAGUUUCAGGUUGAAUACUUAGUUUUCAAAAAGAUGAAGAGUUAGUGGCUCUUGGAUCAGGCCCGCGCCUCCACAGCCUGCCAUCUCCAAAAUGUCACUUGUGUACACUUCAGUGAACUCGCAUAGGUUUUUAAUCCCACCACUGUAAGCACAUUCUAACUAUCACAAGUAAACUAUUACUUGCAUCCUUGGUAAUAAACUGGAGGCCAGCCCUGGCUUUACCUAGGUGUGCUGACCCUAAGCACUUGAGUGGCCUGCCAGCAACAAGGGUAGGUUGCUCCCAAGGGGGCCCUCAGCGUUGCCUGCCAGCCCUCACCACCAUCAGAGCCCUGGCCUCCUGGUCAGGCUGAAGGUGGCUUAUCUAUGGCCUCAUUCGUCUCCUCUAAAAAAGCAUGUUGAACUAAUCUACUUUCUAGAAACCCAAGGAGGGAGCUUAGGGAACAUUUAUUUUAGCAGCAUAUGCCUAAAUUGGGGGUCAAACAUUAAGUAACAGCUUGGGGGGGAGGGGGGAGGGUAGCUAGUUAGGCAAUUUGAACUGAAGGCAAGAAGAAAUGCCUCUGGCCUCUAACUGGGGAUGGCUAAGCAUGAAUUAGGCUGGAAACCAGCAGAGGCUGUACGGGCUGGCAGUGGGGACAAGUUCCAAAGGUGCCGAUUUAAAAAUCAGGGAGGUUUGCUUUCUAAUGAAGGAUGCUCAAGAAAAAUUGGAAGGUGUAGGGACGUUUGAUCCAUUCCCCUCGCAUUCCAGAACUUCCAAGCUUUCUACCUCUACUGUCUGCAACCAGCAGUAUACACCUAGGCUGUCUUUUGCCCUAGUAAACCCAGGAGCACCUGGGGACUUGCAUUUUCAGCCUCUGAGCCUGACCCUGAAAAUGACCAUCACUUACUUGACUGUCAGAUUUGCCCUGAGGUUUUUACUGUGCCAGUGAAGUUUUGGUUUUGAAAUGCUGAAAUGUCGCUUUCUCCUUAGUUUCACUUCUGGAAGUUCUUUAUUCCACUCCCCAAUUGCCAGGGAUAACAUCUUGAAGCUUGCAGCUUGAAUCCAGCCCAUGAGUAUGGUAGCUGUGCCAGGGUGAGGGUCACAGGCACAGUGAGGCACUCAUGAGGGUCUCUGGAGGGAAAGUGAAAGUGCCUGUAGUCCUGGUGAACAACCACAUAAUAGCUCUCACUGUUAUUUAUCAUAAUAGCUACUUUUUUUUUUUUUUUUUAGCAUAGACACCAGAACCACACACUCAACUGGCUUAGUAAGUUAUGACCUCUCAUUGAAUUCUUUUUGAAUAGCCCAUGUUGCGCUCAAGUUUUCUGACUAGUCAGUCAAGAAAUUAACUUUUCAUCCUGUAUGUCAUCGCAAUAGCAACAGUAGGAG